GUGUCACUGUCCAGCGAAGCAUUGUGGGAAGGAAAGUGGAGCUGACGGUGGCUGAUGGGAGACUGCUCGAUUUUUCAAAUAUAUUCGACUAAUAAACAGCCUUAACAAGCAAAAAUUAAGAGAAACGAUGCUGCGUGCCGACGCCAGUGUCAACGGGCGCUGAAGAAGGCGAACAUAUGCCGGUGUCAUCGCGGCUCUACUGCGCACUGGCGCCCGUAGCGGAGACGUGGGAUCCCGUGUCAAUGGACCGCGGCGUUUUUAUGCUCUUUUCCAAGGGGGGCGAAUAAAGUAGCGGAUUACGCUCCCGCGGUGGGUGCGUGGUUGGGCGGGGGGCCCGCGGCGCUCCCGAGUCUCCGUGUCGCUUGAAGUUUCCUCGAAUUCGUGUCGAAGGCGCCGUCGAAGAUGUCGACCAGCAGCCCCGAAGCGGUGAAGAGGUUGCUGGAGAACAUGCAGACGGACCUGCGCUCGCUGUCCAUGGAGUGCAAGAAGAAAUUCCCCCCGGUCAAAGAGGCUGCAGAGUCUGGAAUAGUGAAGAUUAAGACGAUUGCAGCCAGGAACACAGAGAUACUGGCAGCCCUUAAGGAGAACAGCUCAGAGGUUGUUCAGCCUUUUCUGAUGGGCUGUGGCACCAAGGAGCCAAAGAUCACCCAGCUGUGUUUGGCUGCCAUCCAGAGGCUCAUGUCCCAUGAGGUGGUGUCCGAGGCAGCAGCGGGGAACAUCAUCAACAUGUUGUGGCAGCUGAUGGAAAACGGUUUGGAAGAGCUGAAACUUUUACAGACAGUCCUGGUCCUGCUCACUACCAACACAGUCGUACACGAUGAAGUACUUUCCAAGGCAAUCGUGCUGUGUUUUCGACUUCACUUCACCAAGGACAACAUCACCAACAACACAGCAGCUGCCACCGUCAGGCAGGUCGUCACGGUGGUGUUUGAGAGGAUGGUGGCUGAGGACGAGCGCUUCAAAGGUAUUGUGGAGCACCCUCCUCCGGUCCAGGGAAACACCAACAGACGCUCCGUCAGCACGCUGAGGCCUAGUGCAAAGGACGCUUACAUGCUGUUCCAGGACUUGUGCCAGCUGGUGAAUGCCGAUGCCCCCUACUGGCUGGUGGGCAUGACAGAGAUGACGCGGACGUUUGGCCUGGAGCUUCUGGAGUCUGUUCUUAAUGAUUUUCCUGGCGUGUUCCUAGAGCACCAGGAAUUCAGUUUCCUGUUAAAGGAACGCGUGUGUCCCCUCGUCAUCAAGCUCUUCUCCCCCAACAUCAAGUUCCGACAGGGCAGCAGCAGUUCUGCUUCACCAGCACCUGUGGAGAAGCCUUACUUUCCCAUUUGCAUGAGGCUGCUACGUGUCGUGUCUGUCCUCAUCAAGCACUUCUACACCUUACUGGUGACUGAGUGUGAGAUCUUUUUGUCUCUGCUUGUGAAAUUUCUUGAUGGGGAGAAGCCACAGUGGCUGAGAGCAGUCGCCGUGGAAUCGGUCCAUAGGUUGUGUGUGCAGCCACAUUUAUUACGUUCAUUCUGUCAGUCGUAUGAUAUGAAGCAACACUCCACUAAGGUUUUCAGAGACAUUGUGAACGCCCUGGGCUCCUUCAUCCAGUCCCUCUUCAUUGUCCCCAACACAGCUGCUGCCAUCAGUGCUCCCGCUGGAGGCUCAGGUUCAGGGGUCCAGGGUGCAGCGCAAGGAGGCCCAGGGACAGGAGGGGUCAGCGGCAACCUGACUACCCAGGCUGCGUUUGAAUACCGUGGUACCUGGAUCCCCCUCAUGACUGUUAGUGUCCAGGGCAGCGCUAAGGCCACCUAUCUCGAAAUGCUGGACAAGGUGGAGCCCCCAUCCAUCCCAGAGGGUUAUGCCAUGUCUGUGGCGUUCAGUGCCCUGCUGGAUCUGGUGAGGGGCAUGACCACCAUGAUCGAAAGAGAGCUCACCAUAGAGGAGGAGACAGCCGCCAAGUUCAGGGACACUCACCCUGACCAGGAGUGGCAGCCCCAGCCUGGAGCCCACCUUGUGUGGGAGGAGAUGGUUAAUGCCUGCUGGUGUGGUCUUCUGGCUGCUCUGUCUCUGCUUCUAGAUGCCAGCACCGAUGAGUCGGCGACAGAGAACAUCCUGAAGGCAGAGCUCACUAUGGCCUCAUUGUGUGGCCGUCUGGGCCUGGUGACACCCAGAGAUGCCUUCAUCACGGCCAUCUGCAAGGCCUCUCUGCCGCCCCACUACGCUCUGACUGUGCUCAGCAGCAAUGCUGCCAACCUCUCCAGUAAAGCCUACUCAAUCCAGGGCCAGAGUGUGCAAAUUAUCAGCCCCUCCAGUGAAUCUCAUCAGCAGGUAGUGGCUGUCGGGCAGCCACUCACUGCCCAGCCCCAGGGCACCGUAGUGCUGACUGCCAAAAACAUCCAGUGCAUGCGAACCUUGCUGAACCUGGCGCACUGCAACGGGACUGUGCUUGGAACCUCGUGGCAGCUGGUGUUGGCCACGCUGCAGCACUUGGUGUGGAUCCUGGGACUGAAGCCGGGCUUGGGUGGUGCCCUGAAGCCAGGGCGGGCAGUGGAGGGACCCAGCACAGUGCUCACCACAGCUGUGAUGACAGACCUGCCCGUCAUCUCCAACAUACUGUCCAGACUGUUUGAGAGCUCCCAAUACCUGGAUGAUGUGUCCCUGCAUCACCUGAUCAAUGCUCUUUGUUCCCUCUCCCUGGAAGCAAUGGAAAUGGCUUAUGGAAACAAUAAGGAGCCAUCUCUGUUUGCAGUAGCCAAGCUUUUGGAGACUGGGCUUGUCAACAUGGAUCGUAUAGAAAUUCUAUGGAGACCCUUGACUGGCCACUUACUUGAGGUUUGUCAGCACCCAAAUGCAAGGAUGAGAGAGUGGGGAGCUGAGGCACUGACGGCGCUCAUCAAAGCGGGCCUGGCCUACAAACACGAGCCUCCCUUAGCCCAAAAUCAACGGCUGCAGCUUCUCUUGUUGAACCCCCUGAAGGAGCUUUCCAACGUGCUUCACGCAGACAUCCGCCAGAAACAGCUGGAGAGCGUCCUGCAGAUCCUGCAGAGCCAAGGGGACAGCCUGGGGCCCGGCUGGCCUCUCGUCUUGGGUGUCAUUGGAGCCAUUCGCAAUGAUCAGGGGGAGUCGUUGAUCCGAACAGCCUUCCAGUGCCUGCAGUUGGUGGUGACGGACUUUCUUCCCACAAUGCCUUGCACAUGCCUCCAGAUUGUAGUGGAUGUAGCCGGCAGCUUCGGCCUCCAGAAUCAGGAGCUCAACAUCAGCCUCACCUCCAUCGGCCUACUGUGGAACAUUUCGGACUACUUCUUCCAGCGGGGUGAAACCAUUACCCAGGAGUUGGAAAGGGAGGAGGCGGCUCUGCAGAAGCAGGCUCGGGAAAAAGGCGAGACCCUGAACAGGCCGUUCCACCCCGCCCCCCCCUUUGAUUGCUUGUGGCUGUGCCUCUACGCUAAGCUGGGUGAGCUGUGUGUGGACCCACGGCCCGCUGUGCGGAAAAGCGCCGGGCAGACAUUGUUCUCCACCAUCGCUGCACACGGGACCCUGCUGCAGCAGCCAACGUGGCAUGUUGUGAUCUGGAAGGUGCUGUUCCACCUGCUGGACUGCGUGAGGACCUCGUCCACCACAGCAGACAAGGAGAAGAUUGAGUCUGGUGGUGGGAACAUCUUGAUCCACCACUCGCGCGACACAGCUGAGAAACAGUGGGCAGAGACUUGGGUUCUGACACUGGCAGGGGUGGCACGCAUUUUCAACACAAGGCGGUAUCUUCUCCAGCAGUUAGAUGAUUUCUUUGAGGCGUGGGAGGUCCUGCUGAACCACAUUCAGUCGGCUGCCCUGAGCAAAAACAACGAGGUCUCUCUGGCUGCCCUCAAGAGCUUUCAAGAAAUCCUGCAGAUCGUUACUCCUGUUAAAGACUCGGACAAAGCAAGUGACGCGCUAGCUGCCAUGGGUGUCCCCCCAGUGCUCAUCGACCCGCUCUCGGCCUCUGGUCCCGGCAGACCCCUGAUGCGCUCAGACUCGCUCGUGGAGCGACUGACGCGUUACAAUGGCGCUGAGCUGCAGGCUCCGCCCCCCGGGGAGGACUCGGGCUUGGAGGACUCAGCGUUGUGGUGGUCGGCGUGGAACACGUGGUAUCGGACAGGAACGGAGAGUACGAGGCCGCCCAGCGGCGCAGCGGAGAGGCUUUCUUUCAUCCCCAGCCAGCCCUUCCUUACAGCGUUGAUCCAGAUUUUCCCAGCACUCUACCAGCACAUUAAGGCCAACUUCAGUAUGGAGGAUCUGAAGAAGCUGGGGGUCAUCCUCCACGGGGCCGUGUCCGUGCCUAUCAGCAGCGAUGCCUCACCCUUUAUCCUGCCCUCCUACACCGAAGCAGUGCUAACCAGCCUGCAGGAGGCUGUGCUGACCGCUCUGGACGUUUUGCAGAAGGCCAUCUGUGUGGGCCCAGAGAACCUGCAGGUCAUGUACCCAGCCAUCUUUGAACAGCUGCUACUCUUCGUGGAGUUCUCCUGCAAGCCUCCCCAGUACGGCAGAAUGGAAACCAAACACGUGGCCAAUGCCAAAUACAACCAGAUCCAGCUCUUUGCACCGGCGGAAUGGGUUGCCUUAAACUACGUGCCCUUUGCUGAGCGCUCCUUGGAGGUGUUGGUGGAUCUGUAUCAUAAAACGGCUUGUCACAAAGCUGUCAUCAAUGAGAAGGUUCUGCAAAACAUCAUUAAGACAUUAAGAAUGCCCUUGGGUUUGAAGUACGCCUGUCCAUCAGAGAGCACCUGGAAGCUCGCUGUCUCGUCCCUGCUCAAGGUCUUGUCUAUUGGCUUGCCGGUGGCACGCCAGCAUUCCUCGUCUGGGAAGUUUGAAAGUAUGUGGCCAGAGCUGGCAAAUGCCUUCGAAGACUUUCUGUUUACCAAAAGCACUCCUCCUGAUAACCUGUCCAUCCAGGAAUUUCAGAAGAAUGAAGCCAUUGAUGUUGAGGUGGUGCAGCUGAUCAGCACAGAGAUUUUACCGUUUGCCAAUUUUAUCCCCAAAGACUUUGUUGGCCAGAUAAUGGCUAUGCUCAAUAAAGGCUCCAUUCACUCACAGUCUCCCUCCUUCACAGAGGCUGAGAUCGACGUGCGCAUGAGGGAGGAGUUUUCCAAGGUGUGCUUCGAGACACUGCUGCAGUUCUCCUUCAGCAACAAGGUGUCCACCCCGCAGGAGGGCUACAUCUCUCGCAUGGCGCUGUCUGUGCUGCUCAAGAGGUCCCAGGAUGUUCUCCAGCGCUACGUCGAGGACGAGAGGUUGAGCGGGCGCUGUCCUCUGCCCAGGCAACAAGUGACAGAGAUUAUCUUUGUCUUAAAAGCUAUCAGCACUUUGAUGGACUCGCUCAAAAAGACGCAGCCAGAAAAUGUGGAUGGCAACACAUGGGCUCAGGUGAUUGCCCUGUACCCCACGCUGGUGGAAUGCAUUACAUGCAGCUCGUCUGAAGUGAGCUCAGCUCUGAAGGAGGCCCUGGGUCCCUUUAAAGACUUUAUGCAGCCGCCCGUCUCCAGAGUCCAGAACGGAGAGUCCUGACUGGGAUUGGCCUCGGUACUUCGUUUAUUACAAUAAAGAAAUCUUGAAUGUGUCUUCUCAACCCACGUGCUUCACAAGUGCACAGACAUGAACUCCACUUGAACCCCAUUGAUGACGACAAGAAGCAGACCGCAGAGGUUUAAGGUCCACCCGGACCACGUCAACGACCCUGACCUUCAUGCGCAUCAUUGUAUGCUUCUCAUGUGCGCUGAUAACGCCUCUGCCCGCUCCAUCCACUCACAGACUGGUUACACGCUUGUGUUAAAUACAGAGAUUUAAAACAUUGCAGUGUUGCAUCUGGGUUUAGUUAUUUUAUUCUCCUGAUGGGGCCAAAUUGAUGUACAGUGUGUAGUGAUAGUGUUUAUGGUGUAAAAAAAACAACAACGCAAAAAAUGGGGCUUUAUUGAUCUUAAAAGUAACACUUAAACUUUUGCAACAUUUUCGACAGUGAGGAUUUUAUGCAAGGAAAAUAAAUCUUACUGUAACAUUCCAUGUCAUCUAUAGCCAGCCAUUGAGAAGGGAUGUUCUUGUCUGUAUCAAAUAAAUGGGACAGUUCUAUGAUCA